UCUGGUAUUUAUAAACACGGUGAGGAUGUGAUUUGUGAGGCGAGGGCAGGUCGGUGGGGGAGCUUUGGGGUGAGUAAUGCACGUCCCAGCGGUAGAAAAGGACCGGAAAACCAUUUGGAGGGGAAAAGGGAGUCCUCCUUAGGUGGUGGAAGCUUACAGGGAGCAAGGAGAGAGGUGUUGCUGGAAGGGACAAGACCAUCCCAAGGUCCCCACCACGCGCCCGAUGCCCACGAGUUUCGUUGGCAGUGCCCUGCGGGGCACUUUCUUCCUCAUCUUUGGGCUCUGGUGGUCCGUGAGGUACCCCCUGAAGUACCUGAGGAGGAAAGGGGAUGCUGAGGGCCAGCCAAGCUCCGGGACCCAGCGUGCAGAGAUCUUCGAGGGGGCUGUCAAAGCUCUCUUUGCUCUAGCAGGGAUUCUGGUGGAGCAGUUUGUCCCCAGCGGUCCCCACCUGAAGCUGUACAGCCCCGAGACACACAGCUGGACAGAGCUCACCCACUGGCACUACUGCACCAUCUACCUGUUCUUCCUGCUCUCGGGGGUCAUGGACAUGGUCUCGCAGUCCCGGCUCAAGCUGCCGCCCGGCCUGGACCGGCUGUCGCUGUGCCUGGCUCUGCUCAUCGAAGGUUUGCUCUUCAGUUUCCGUGACUACGGCGAUGCCGCGCUGGAUCAACACCUCCACUCCCUGCUGGCCAUGGCCAUCCUUGCUGGAGCCCUCUGUGCCCUCCUGGAGGUGUUCCUGCGAGACCACAUCGUCCUGGAGACCCUCAGGACCAGCUCCUUCCUCCUGCAGGGCUCUUGGCUUUGGCAGAUUGGGUUUGUGCUGUCCCCUCCCUGGGGAGGACCAGGCUGGGAUCAGAGCGAUGCCAGCAACCUGACCUUCCUCACCAUGUGCUUCUGCUGGCACUGCCUGGGCGCUGUCGCCGUCGUGGGCGCCAACUCGGCUGCAUCCCGCUGCUGCAACGAGUCGUGCCAGCUGCGCUUCGGGGACAUCGACGUGGAGCUGGACUGCGGGCUGUGCCUGCGCACCAAGGGCUCCCGCGGGGCUCUGCUGCCCGAGAGCGGCGCCGACGACAAAUGAGGCCCUGGCACGAUGAAAAUUUCCUCCCUGCUGGCUUAGGGCUCUUGAGACGAGGUUUUUAAUUAGUCCUGGUGAACUGCAGCGGCGCUUGACGGAGGAGCACGAGGAGUGGGAGGCAGAGGGAUGUGAAACCUUUCCCGCGUCCCUUCGGCCACGAGAGCAAACCAGGCUGGUCUGGGAGGGAGGUUUGAAUCCUCAGGGCUGCAGCUCACCCUGCAGGGCUGGUUUGCUGGUGGAGCCCAACUCGGUGUGGCCAACCUGGCUGCUUUUUUGACGUUACUUUCACUUCUGCUUCUUCAGAAGGGAGCUGAGCCAGCGUUCAAAGCUCCCGGAGGUCGCCGCUCACCCUGGUGUUAAUGGAGAGGUUUUUGUACAAAGCUUG